AUGUUUACGGCAGUCAGCCCAGCGCUUCACAAAGCUUUAAGAAGUCCCACGGCGCAGGUCUAUUCGAUGACAAAUCUUCGACACUACGAGAAGCAUGCCAACGAAUGUACGGAGAUCUUCAUCAACCUGAUGAAAGAAAAGGAAGGCCAGAAAGUGGAUCUCACCGAGCACUUUCAAUGGUAUGCGUUCGAUGUCAUUGCAAGCGUUACCUUUCAGCGACGAUUGGGUUUUAUGGAAACUCGAAAAGAUGUCUUCGGAAUGAUAGAGUUUUCUGAUCUCCUUGGCCUGUACUUUGCGUUUAUCGGACAACUGCCAUUUUUGCACCCUUACAUGUUUGGAAAUCGAACGUUAAUCCGGUUUCUGAAAUGGGCUAAUCCAUCCUUUCCUGACCCGUUGGGAGAUCUAUUCGAGCGAAUUGACAACGAAAUGCAACUGUACGACCGUGAGGAGAAGUCAGAAGACCGUAAGGAUUUCCUGGCACAGUUGAGGGCGAAAGAUGAUCCUUCAAGACCCUACUAUAAGAGAGAUAUGAUGAAUCAUCUGUCAAACAACGUACUUGCAGGCAGUGAUACUACAGCUGUAGCGCUUCGGGCCAUCUUCUAUUUUCUGGUGAAGAACCCUCGAGUUUAUAAGAAACUGAUGGACGAGAUCGAUGAAAAUGAUAGGGCUGGGAAGCUAUCGUCAAUGGUCACCUAUGAACAGGUUCUUGCCAUGCCCUACUUACAAGCGGUAAUCAAGGAAGCGAUGCGGGUGCAUCCAUCUAACUGUUGGCCCCUUGAACGUGUUGUUCCGGACGAGGGAGCGACGGUGUGCAAUAUCGAUUUGCCAAAAGGCACUAUCGUAUCUACUACGGCUCCACUGAUUAAUACCAACACCGAUAUCUUUGGCGCUGAUGCAAAGGAAUUUAAUCCUGAAAGAUGGUUGGAAGCUGAUACCGAAAAGCUCAGAAUUAUGGACAGAACGUAUUUUACGUUUGGCGCUGGGUCCAGGGCGUGUAUUGGCAGAAACAUCGCACUUUUAGAGAUCACGAAGUUCGUCCCACAGAUCUUGCGUACUUUCGAGAUAGAAUGGGCAGCAGACUCUGCAGAGUGGGAGAUUUUCUCCGCGUGGUUCUACAAGCAGAAAGGCCUCGUCUUCAAAUGGAAGUCUAGGCCAAAGUUGAGACUGGCAGAUGCGGUAUAA